UUCGUAGACUUCCUGAGAAAGCCGCGCCCCCUUCAAUGCAAGUUCCGCUUUCAUUGGGCACUGUAGCUCCAAAUCAUGGACCAGAGUGAUAAUGAUUUGCAGGGCACAGACGGCUCGGGAAGUUUGGGGGGUCCCGAUGUCCGUAGAAGGAUCCCUAUCAAGCUCAUCUCUAAACCGGUCAUCCGGAGUAAGCCUGUAGUUCGGCCGCAGCGAGCAAUGAACCGGCUGCCUUCCAAAUCACAGACGGGGGAUGAAGAGAACUUUGGUUACAAGCAGGAGGAGAGGUUUGAAUGCAAGUCUGGGGAUGCAUUUGGAAGUCAGCGGAGGUUUCCUCAACAGAUGUUCUGGGAUUAUAAGCUGAACUUGCUUGGAGCAAAGGACGACACUCCUGUGCAUUUCUGUGACAAGUGCGGACUGCCUAUAAAGAUUUAUGGCCGCAUGAUCCCCUGCAAGCACGUGUUCUGCUACGAGUGUGCCGUGCUUUACGAGAAGAAGUGUGACAAGAUGUGUCCUGGUGUGUCCCUGUACAGCUGCACAGACCCGGUCCAGCGCAUCGAGCAGUGCCUGCGUGGCUCCCUCUUCAUGUGCAGCAUGGUGCAGGGCUGCAAGCGCACCUACCUGUCCCAGAGAGACCUGCAGGCCCACAUCAACCACCGGCACAUGAGGGCGGGCAAACCCGCCGCCGGCCGGCCAGGCCCCGGCGGGGGCGACGCCCUGCACCUGCCCCCCACCCCCGACAUCCCCGAGCGCUUCCUGCUGCCCCCGGACAAGCACCGCCUGCCCCCGCCUCCGCACCUGCCCAAAUCGCACAUCCUGCUCCCGCCCCCGCUGCAGCACGCCGGGCACGACCCCUACGGCCAGCCGCCGCACGACGACCUGCGCCCCGCCCAGGCCCCGCCCUCGGCCUCCUCCGACCUGGGGCCGUCCCGCUCCAUCGCUCAGGAAACCUUCCGCAUCGCCACGGUGACCACGCGCAAGCACAGCAACCUCAUCACCGUGCCCAUCCAGGACGACUCCAGCAGCUCCGCCUCCCGGGAGCCCCUCCCCCAGCCGGGCCCUGGCCCCGCCCCGCCCCACCACCACCCAGGGGACUACCCCGGCCAGCCCGUCGUGUCCCACCCUCACCACAUGAUGGCGCCGCAGCAGCAUUACGGCCCACCCCCUCCCCCCCCGCCCCCCAUCAGCCACCCCAUGCAGCACCCACCCCAGGGCUCAGGGACCCCCCAUAUGGUGUACAACCAGGCCCCUCCCCCCAUGUCCUCUGCCCCGCCUCCCAUCACUCCACCCCCUGGACACAUCAUUAACCAAAUGCCCCCCUACAUGAACCACCCCCCACCUGGGCCCCCUCCCCAGCAUGGGGGCCCUCCUGUCAAUGCCCCACCGCCGCACCACUACAACCCAAAUUCCAUGCCGCAGUUCUCUGAGGACCAAGGAACGCUCAGUCCCCCGUUCAACCAACCUGGAGGACUGAGCCCUGGGAUAUGGCCAGCCCCCAGGGGGCCCCCUCCUCCCAGAAUGCAGGGCCCCCCUCCCCAGGGCCAGAUGCCUGGACCCCACCACCCUGAUCAGUCUCGGUACAGACCGUAUUACCAGUAGAGUUCCCUUCUCAGAGUGAAUGGUGUGAAACAGUGCCCUGCCGCUUACUGGAUUAAAUAAUGUACAGCAGUUUGUUUUGAGUGUUGGAUUGAUGGAGUCUUUGUGAGAAGUGCCAGGCUUCUGCCCUCUCCUUGUAAUGCGCAUAAAACUUAAGGUGAACUAUAACAUGAAAAAAAGACACCGAUUGCUUUUAGGGUUUUUUGCUCCCUUUACAGGGUAGAUUAUGGUUUAAACAUUUGGUGUUCAUUUCUAGAAGAGUCUGUUCCUCUCAGACAGGCAUUUAUCACCUUCAGUGUUAGGUUUUCUUCUGUCCUGUGCUCAGGAUAGAACUCCACACGUUUUUGUUUCCCCCCCUCCUCCUCCUCCUCAAUAAAUUUUUAAAAAGUUUCAAAAUGAAAA